AUGGGUUACACUUUAGCUAUUGUAGGUUGCGGUGUGAUGGGCCAGGCAUUGUUGAGUGCCAUUUACAAUGCACCAAAAGCCGAAGAGUCAUUGGCAGAACAUUAUCCCAGCAAGAUCAUUGCUUGCAACGAGUCAGCUUUGAGUUCGAGUUCUGUGGAAAAACUUGUGAAGGGAUUCGGCAAAUCUCCAAAUGCGAUUGAGGUGGAGAUUUUCACUGCAAGAAACGUGGAAGCCGUCAAGCAGUCAAGCGUCGUUAUUCUAGCGGUGAAGCCAUACUUGGCUGAGAAGGUUAUGGAGGAGAUUAAGCCUGAGGGCACAGGUCCAGUGUUGAUUUCUUUGGCAGCUGGUGUGACGUUGAGCCAAUUGACGGCGUACUUCCCUAAUUCUGUCCGCGUGAUGACCAACACUCCAGCCAAGUUCGGGUACGGGACAGCUGUUGUAUCGUAUGCCGAGGCUGUGAGCGAGUCAAACAAAACCCGUGUGAAGGAGCUAGUGCGUCACGUUGGGACCUGUUUGGAGCUCCCAGAAAAGAACAUGGACGCAGCUACCGCAUUGGUUGGGUCCGGACCAGCCUUUGCGCUCUUGAUUAUAGAGUCGAUGAUGGAGGCCGGUCUAAAGAUGGGGAUUCCAUUGAAGGAGUCCAGAGAGUGUGCCAUCAAGGUUUUGGAGGGCACAGCCAAGAUGGUCGAGAUCACAGGAGAGAGUCCUGGCGCGCUAAAACACCAGGUGUGUACGCCAGGAGGAACGACGAUUGCGGGGCUUUGCGUCAUGGAAGAUAAGGGCGUGAAGUCCGGCAUUAUCCGUGGUAUCGAGGAGGCUGCCAGGGUCGCUACGGAGCUCGGUCAGGGCAAGAAGAAGUAA